GAGGGCUGUACCUAUUUGCAAUAUCUCGCUGAUAGAAAAUCCCUCGGCUAUUAUAAAACAAGGCUAACUGAUGUUACCAGCAAUUUGGGUUGUGGGAGUGAUAGUAGUAGCUGCUGGUUUCGGGAGAUCGAGAUCUUGAGAGGAACGCGAUUCAGUCUGUGAAUUCAUUAGUGCGAAGAUGUCGUGCCGUGUUAUUUUCAUCGUCUUUAUGCUAUUAGCGAGUGAUUGGCACUUCGGCGACGCAGCGAGAAUAUUGGCUGUGUUUCCUACAGCCUCUAUAAGUCAUCAGAUCGUAUUUCGGAAGCUGACACUGGAACUGAACAAACGAGGUCAUGAACUUGUCGUGGUUACACCGGAUCCGGUCAACGAUCCAACUCUGAAAAACUACACGGAAAUUGAUGUCAGUUUCCAGUACAAUGACAAAGAUAGUUUGCCAAAUAUAAUAGGCAUGCGAGGAAAAGUCGACUGGUUUGGGUGGUUGAAGGUUCAAGUACCGAUGAUAACCAGGCAAGUAACUAAGAUAUUCGAGCAGCCAGAUCUCAAGAAACUGUACCAUCCUAACAGCGGCGAGAAGUUCGAUUUAAUAUUGAUGCAAAUGUUUUUCACCCCCGCCUUCAUGUCAUUCGCCGCACGAUUCAAGGCCCCAAUGAUUGGUAUCCACAGUGCGAGUCUGCAAACAUCCAUGCAGUACGCGAUCGGCAAUCCAAUAUUGCAUUCCGAUCCGUCAAACUGGCAGCUGGAUAUGAAGUUCCCCGAGUCAUCAUGGAUACCGUGGAGAAGAUUGGACAACUUCAUCCAAAGUUGGAGAUUCAUCCACUAUCACAGGACCGUGUAUUUGCCAAAACAGCAGAAAAUCGCUGAGAAAUAUCUAGGAAUUGAUAUUCCGGACCUCCACGACUUGGAGAAGAAUAUCAGCUUGAUAUUCGUCAAUCAGCAGGGGCCGAUUUCUUUUGCCAAGCCGAACGUACCGAAGGUUAUUGACAUUGGUGGCUUUCACGUCACAAAUAAGAUAAAGCCAUUGCCAAAGGAUCUUAAAAAGGUCUUGGACGAAGCUACGCAGGGUUUCGUGUACAUGAGUCUUGGAUCAAACGUCCAUAGCAAAAUGCUACCCGAAAAAGCACGGAAAGAUAUCGUUGCCGCGUUCUCGAAGCUUCCCUACAAAGUGAUUUGGAAGUUUGAAGACGAUACGCUUAAAAAUCUACCGGAAAACGUGAUUAUCCUGAAGUGGACACCACAGCAGGCUGUUCUCGCUCACCCAAACAUCAAAGUAUUUAUAUACCAGGGUGGACUUCAGAGUACAGAAGAAGCCGUUUCUAACGGUGUUCCUUUGAUCGGAUUGCCGGUUAUGAGUGACCAGGACAUGAAUGUCAGGAAAAUGGAGUCUGUUGGUGUUGCCAAGAAGCUGGAAAUUACUAACAUAAACGAGAAAGAUUUCUUUGAGGCGGUACGCACUGUCGCAGGUGACGACGGAUACAAGCAGAGGAUGCUGAAUUUGCGUUCCCUGCUUAAGGACAAACCUUAUAAUAUGCUUGAGAACGCAGUUUGGUGGACGGAACACGUGAUAAGACACAGAGGUGCUCCAUACCUACACUCCACAACCGCUGACCAGCCGUGGUAUCAGCGUCAGGACAUGGACAUAGUAGCAUUUCUUUCCGCCAUGUUUGUCAUUUCAUCAAUCCUAUCGCUAUUUAUUUUAUAUAAGUAUGUAAUUUAUAGUCUUAGAAUAGGCAGUGACCCGACAGUCGAGAAAAGUAAGAAGCGGAAUUAGAUUAAUCGCUACAGUUUACAUAAUGCAUUUUCAUUUGCUGACGCAAGUCGGUAGUUUGAUAAAUAUUCCGCUGUAACGCGAAUAUGAAACAGUAAGUUCACUUUCCAUUCAAAGCUAUUAACGAAUUCUGCUGAAGUUGACUGAGACUGAUCUUGAUGCUCGUUGUGCAAACGUCAUCACACCUCAUCCACGAAGUAAGAAGGAUAACUUAAGUUCAAUUUUUGGCAAUUUUUGUAGCCAGGAUUACUGAAUCUCAUCAAAAUGAAUAUAUUUGGGGCAUUCCAUGAUGUUUCGAUCAAGAUUCUAUGUCGAUAUCUCAAAUUGGAUUUCAAGUUUCUUAUGUGAAAGUACGUGACUAAAAAUUAAAAUGCCAAUUUUCUUCAGAAUGUUUUAGUCCCAGCGUUUCUGAGGCAUGAAAACGCGAAAAACGUGAAAAAAACACUUCCUAAAAUCUGUAAAAAUUUAGAAAAUUUGUAUAAAAUAUUUUUGAAAAAUGGUGACACCUAUUGAAAGAUGGAG